AUGGAUCCGAGUUUCAUUGCCUUAGUCCCGAUUGUUUCGGUUGAAUUGGGUCUUAUGGUUGCCUUUGUGCAAUUCCUUACUGCAUUAUGCAGAAUAUUUCUCCCUACUGCAGUAUGCAGGUUUCUACUAUUGUGUCAUUCAUUGGCAAGCUUAUCGCCGAUGUGCGAUGCUUCAAUUGGGCCAUCCGGUGAGAAUCUUAUCGCUUUUAUGCGACACCCUACUGCAGUAUGCAGGUUUCAAUAUGUCAUCACCUUGACGGACCUUGAUGUCUUCGUGAUGGAGGCUUGUUUCCUCCUAUACUCUUCUCUUGUGAUUUGGAGAAUUAGUUUAGGGAGCUCGUCGAAUUUGUUUCUACUUGAUGUAGAGACGAUCACAAUCAAACCUGCAAUUUUAGCCGCUUCAACUAUAGAGAUCCGACACCUCAAUGUGUUCACCGUUUCUCUUUCUCUUGUCAAGCUUCUCAACUUUAGAGAUGUUGUCAAUGAGCCGUAA